UUUUUACUCAUCUCAUUCAGUCAGUUUCGCCACUGGUGCACGUUUUAUUACAUUUUUAAGACACCAGGUGGCGUUCGGCCCCGCGCUGUCCGCAGUGUUUUGAAGCUCCCUCCCUGUUGCCGGAGGCUGACCUUGUUUCUCACCGCGAUGACAGCUUCCUGCUGCGGGCUGCUGGAGCCGCUCAGUCCGCCCUCACGGCAGGAUGUUCUGCGGAGGAGGAGCGCAGCCUAUCGCUCCACUGUAGCUGCUCAGUAUGUCUUGCUCUCGGCUGACUGAGAGAAUCUGACGGGGUUUUUUUUUCCUGCGGAAGGGCGAAUGUCGCGGGCAGGAGGCGAGAACAAAUGAGUGACAGAAUGGACAGAUCUGGCAGACCGGACGAGCGGGGGAACGGGCCCGUGGGGGCACCGAUCAGCCCAUCAGGCUACUCCACGGCGCCACCGCUGUCUCCUCAGGACUUGGAGGAGGAACAGCAGUCCUCGCUGACAGAUGUCACACAAAUGUGGAUUAAGUUUGCCAAGACCUUCGCGAUCAUCCUGCCCAUCUACAUCCUGGGCUACUUUGAGUUCAGCUUCAGCUGGGUCCUGGUUGGACUGGCCACGCUCUUCUACUGGAGGAGGAACCACGGCAGCAAGGACUACAGAGUCAACCGCGUCCUGGCCUACCUGGACCACCAAGAGAGAGCAGCCAGGCAGGCCGUGCCUACCACUGAGCUGCCGCCAUGGGUCCAUUAUCCAGAUGUAGAAAGAGUGGAGUGGCUGAACAAGACGGUGAAGCAGAUGUGGCCGUUCAUCUGCCAGUUCGUGGACAAGCUGUUCAGAGAAACCAUCGAGCCGGCGGUGAAGAACGCCAACCCUUACCUCAGCUCCUUCUGCUUCAGCAAGAUCGACAUGGGCAACAAGCCCCUGAGGGUCAACGGGGUCAAAGUUUAUACUGAGAACGUGGACAAGAGGCAGGUGAUCAUGGACCUUCAAAUCAGCUUUGUGGGGAACACGGAGAUCGACAUAGACAUCAAGAACUUCUACUGCAGGGCUGGAAUCAAAAGUAUCCAGCUUCAUGGAGUCAUGAGGGUGGUGAUGGAGCCCCUCCUGGGGGACAUGCCUCUGGUUGGUGCCCUGUCCGUCUUCUUCCUCAAGAAACCACUGCUGGACAUCAACUGGACAGGACUCACCAACAUGUUGGACAUCCCAGGAGUCAAUGGCUUGUGUGACAACAUCAUCCAGGACAUCAUCUGCAGCUACCUGGUUCUACCCAACUCCAUCAAGAUCCCUCUGGUGGGAGAGGCCCAGCUGGCCCAGCUGCGCUUCCCAAUACCAAAGGCCGUCCUGAGGAUCCACUUCAUCGAGGCCCAGGACCUGCUGAGCAAGGACAAGAUGCUGGGCGGUCUGAUCAAAGGGAAGUCGGACCCUUACGGGAUCGUCCAGGUCGGGACGCAGGCCUUCAAGAGCAAGGUCAUCCACGAGAGCGUCAACCCCAAAUGGAACGAAGUGUACGAGGCUCUGGUCCACGAUCACUCUGGACCCAAUGUGGGCAUCGAACUGUUUGAUGAAGAUCCCGACAAAGACGACUUCCUGGGAAGCGUGGUGAUAAACCUGGCUGAGCUCCAGAAGGAACAGAAGGUGGACGAGUGGUUUGUUCUGGAAGAAGUGGCCUCUGGGAAACUGCACCUCAGAGUGGAGUGGUUGUCUCUGAUGUCCACACCUGAGACGCUGGACCAGGUGCUGACCAACAUCAAGGCCGAUCGCGGUCAAGCCAACGACGGUCUGUCGUCUGCGCUGCUCGUCGUCUUCCUGGAUUCGGCCAGAAACCUGCCGUCCGGUAAAAAACUGACCAGUGAUCCCAGUCCGUUGGUCCAGUUCCGAGUCGGACACAAGUCCUUUGAAAGCAAGACCAGAUACAAAACCAAUGAACCGGUGUGGGAGGAGGCCUUCACCUUCUUAGUCCACAAUCCCAAAACCCAGGAGCUGGAGGUGGAGGUGAAGGACGAGAAACACGAGUGUUCUCUGGGAACGUUGACGCUGCCACUCAGCCACCUGCUGGAGGCUGAGGGCAUGACGCUGCACCAGCGAUUUCCUCUGAAGAACUCUGGGCCCAGCUGCACCAUCAAGAUGAAGAUGGCACUGAGGGUGCUGUCCCAGCUCCAGGAACCUCCCUCCUCCGCCUCCAUCAGCUCCAACCCCCCCUCGGUUCAGACUGGUAAAACCAACUCCUCAGACUUUGACUCAACAAAGACUCCCAGCGCCACCGCCGGCAGAGACGACAUUCCACGCUCCGCCUCUGUGUCGGCCCAGGACCUGCUGAAGCGACAUAAGGAUGGAGCGGAGGCGCUCAGGUCUCCUGGAAGCACAGAUUUACGUCAGGGUGGUGGUGCUGCUGGAGGAGGAGGAGGAGGAGGAGGAGGAGCAAACCUGGCAGAGUUUGGGAAAAGCGCUUCGAGCAUGGCCCUGUCAGACUCCCAGCAGCCCCUCUCAGCAGGCAAGGAGCCGACGCCCAGCAUCGCCUCCGACAUCUCCAACCCUUACGCCACCCAGGAGCUGCAGCAGAGGCUCCAGCUGCUGCAAAACGGCUCAGGUCCAGCCUACUUCCCUCUGGGUGAGAUCCAGCUGACGGUCAGGCACAGUUCACAGAGGAACAAACUCAUCGUGGUUGUUCACAGCUGCAGAAAUCUGAUCGCCUUCACUGACCAGGGAUCAGACCCGUACGUGCGGCUCUACCUGCUGCCUGACAAGCGAAGAUCAGGUCGAAGGAAAACUCACACCUUCAAGAAAACGCUCAACCCGGUCUACGACCAGACGUUUGAGUUCAGUGUCUCCCUGGUGGAGCUGCACCGACGGACCCUGGACGUGGCCGUGAAGAACAGCGGCGGUCUGUUCUCCAAACACAGAGGCCUUCUGGGAAAGAUUCUGGUGGAGUUGACUCAAGAUGACAUCACCAAGGGUUGGACCCAGUGGUAUGAACUGACAGAAGAUGGUUUGCCAAAGUCUCAGCUAUAGAGGGCGCUGUGACAGCUUCAUCAUCACCAACGAUGUCGACAUCUCUUCCUUCUGUUAUUGGUCCAUAUUAGUGCGACGUCUUUGUCUGAGGAGCGACUUGGGUCACGUUGAUGAUUGGCCGCUGCUGACGUCAUCGUCUUCAUCGUCUUCAUCGUCUGUCCCGACUUAUCAACCAAUAGCUGAACACAUUUAACCACAUGCUGCUUCUUUUGUUGACGUUUCUCUGCUUCGUCGGGACGUUGAACAGACGACUCCUGGUGUUAGCGUUAGCCUGUUGCUAAGUCGCCUUCUCACAGUGACCUACGUGGCUUCUCGACGCCAUCGUGACAUUGCAGUGUGUACGAUGUUUUUAAUCAAAGCCAAAGCUCUGACACCAAAAACGCAUGUCGUCAUGGCAACAUUAGCUUGUUGUCAUUUGCUUUCCUUGAACUUUUAAAAUGAAACCUGAUGCUGUUGUCCUUUUGAUGUCGACGCUGGAACCUCUGCCGUCCUGGUUCUAACGCUAGUGACGCUAACGUCUAAUGUACCAUUCACAUGCUUUUCAUACCAGUGUAGCCUACUGGUUCUAAUUCACUAUUGGCUAGCUAGACGCUCACAUGUCAUUAUCACAUUAUAUGCUAGCACAUGCUAUGAUAUAUUGUUGCAUACCAGUGCCAUGCUAACACAGUGGUAAUCAGCUACAUUCUAGCAAACUGUUAAAUCACUGCUCACACAUCAUCAUCAUCAUCAUCAUCAUCAUCAUUUGAUGUCGUCAGGUCAACACUGUCCCGGUCCGAGGUGUUGUCUUACCAUCAGCGUGUUUCUUAAGCGUUGGCUCCCGUCAUAAACUUGGCCUUAAAGAAGUUUCUGUUUUAGACCAAUCACUGAAGCUUCUUCACCCGACCGUCUCUUGUGCGUCUUGCCCUCAGCAUAUCUGCGACGUCCCUGAGAUUUUCAUUCUCAUUAGAGUCAAAAGAGAAAUAUCACAAAUUACACGUGAGCGACAAAAGUUUUAGAGCUUCCUGUCGUGUCUUCAGAUCAGUUCUGGUGAAUCCCACCAGUUAAUCCACCUCCUCUGAUCUGUUCACUCUCAGAUUUGUUCCAGCUCUUGAGUGUUGAAUUCCCUGACUGACUUAAAGAGCAGGAUCGCAGACUUGGUGGAACCACCUGGGGAUUGUGGGUAAAGUCGCUUUAAUCUAUAAUAAAAGUGUCGUUUUUCAGCAUCAGUCUUUGAUCGCCGCCGUCGUGUCGCCUCAACAUUCCCUACAUUCAUAUCCAACAUACACUACGUUGUCAAUCCAUCACUACAGCUCCACAUCGUUGACAUUUUCUUGUAGAUGUUUAAAAAAAAAAAAAAAGGUCAGGAAAUAUUUGUGUUUUUGCAUUAAUGAAAUCACAUCAGUCGCAAAAGUCAAGCUCCCCUUUAAGAAACAAAUACCAGGAAAGUUUAAGAUGGUUUCAGAUUCAGGUGGCGCCUCCAGUGGUGACAGCCUGAAUUACCCAUUUCUAUAAAAAUGAAGCCCAGUUUAUUUUCCUCCCUCGUGUUUUCGUGGAGAACAAAGAUGUUUGUAAAUAAUAUAAAAAUGCCGUCUGAACACCAGAGACGGACGUCAGCGCCACCUCUACUGGCCAAAUGUCUGUGUUUUGUUAUUUUCUCCUCAUUUUGUCUUUAUUUUAUUUUUUUUCUUAUUUCAUAACAAAUAAAUAAUGUGGGUGGAGACUGUUAGCUUCAAGUGAAACAUAGCAAAACAGUCAAACCUGAUGUUAAAUAAUAUAACUUGGUUGUAUUUUUAAUUUUCUACCAGUAGGGGACAGGAAGCGGAGGCAUCACUUGUUUAUCUCACCAAGUACCAAGCAUGCGCCACAACUUCAGUAAAUGCGAUGGCGUCGACGUUUGGCUAUAGUGGCUAUGCUAGCCGAUGCUUCAGACUCUGUUUGUCUUCUGUAGGUACUUAUUAUUUGAUAUUUACUUUUAGCAGUUACAUAACAUAAUGACAUUGUAUUAAAAAGGUGAGCUACAGUGCCUGUCUGACCCUCAUGCUACGUUAGCGACAUUUGACUAGCGACAGCAGCUACAAUAGGCCCUUUGACACUUGACUUGAGUAGCUAAUUUACUGAGCUUUCCGUAAUAAUAAAAUGUAUCUUAAUUAGUUAUUUUUUUGUUAGUGCCUUAAGAUGGACUUUUCUAUGUUAGCCUCAUUGGAUUAGCUUUGGGCUAAUGCAAUGAUGCUAAGUCAAUUUGGGCUGUUUACGGCCCAAAUUGACUUGUACCUGCUGUGUUGUGGUCAAGGUCGUAGCUUUGACCUUUGUCUUCGGCAUCUAUUUUUUUGUUAGACACGUUGAUAUUGAACACCUUAGCUAGCUUAGCCUCAGUAUGAACAACAGUAUUAGCAUCAGACUUUGCAGCAGCUUUCGUUCAUUCAUUGGAGAUUAACUGUUAGCACAUGUGGCUACCGUGGCAUGACGUCUCCAAGUACAUGAGUAGAAACAAGUAUAGCGCCCUCUUGACUAUAGUAAAACGCAGUUGCCUGAACAUCCCCAAAAAUACAUAUUAAAGUUGCAAAUAUGAACUCUGACAAUCAGAACAACAGGACAUUCCAAAGAUAGCGUGCAGUCGUACAGUACAAGGUUUGAUUGUUUUGCUAAAUCCAGAUAAAAUAAAAUAAUAAGGAAAACAUCAGUUUAAGAUCGAUGGAAACAGCUUGUGUUUUAAAAAAGACCAGUACGUCUUAGUUGUGAUUUUGUAUUUGGUCGAUCGUGUGCAUUUAAGCUUCAUAUUUUAUUCAAUUGAUCGAAAAAUCCCAUGUUUGUUUCUUUUAAAUAAAUCACAGAUUUAUAAAGUUAGUUUUUUUUCUAAAUUAAAAGUGGAGAAAUUUAACCUGUAAAGUCAUGAAAUUAUAUAAAAACAUGUUCAAUGUUGUGACAACA